CAUAUAAUUUAUUUUAAUCUUAAUUGUAAACUACUCAAAAUACAUUCAUGAAGGUGUCCAGUUUGGGGAGGGCGUUGCCCCCCAGUGCCUCCCCCAAACUUCUCCCAUGAAGACAGCAGAAGUAAGGCAUGGAAGUUUGGAAGUAUGGAAGUAUGGAAGUUUGGAAGUUUGGAAGUUUGGAAGUUUGGAAGUUUGGGGGGAUGUAGGGAGGAAUGUAAAGGGAGAGAGAAGGGAUGGAAUGACGAAAAUUGUGAUGGAAUGGGAUGGAUGGAGGGAGGGGCAGUAAUCUAUGUGGACCACCCAUGUGUGCACAUAUAUCCCGGCCGCUGUGCUUACUCCACGCCAGAAUCAUAAACGUGACCUCCCAAUGGCCACGUGCGUCACACGUGGAAAGUGUUGCACCCGUGCCAAGGGUGGUCGCGGCUCAUGGUGAGGGGCCGGGUCUUGCUAAUGCGGGACAAUAAAGUCAGGAUCUGCUGAGCUCGCAUUAUCUAGAGAUUAACGGGGGACAAAUCUGCUUACGAGUUGCACUAGCCUCCCUGACAGCAUCCAGCGUUUCCCCACUCCCCAGGCAGGGAGAAGAGGUUUCCCCUCGGAUGAAUGUGAUAAGAAAUCGCGGGGCAUCUGACUGGAGGUAUGUACUGAGAUGCCUGGGCUCAAUCUGGAGUCUUCACCAUGUCAUCACAGAGAGCGCCUUUUCAGGUCAGAACAGGGCGAGGGAAGCCCUGUGGCCAUAACUCAAAUAUCGAGAUAAAUCAUGGAAAGGAGCCUGGCACAGGACCAGAUUCAGACAACUGCUCCUCACACAGUCAGGCAGACGGACACACGAAUCUCUCAUCAUCAUCAGAACAAUCAUUACAAUCAUCAGAUUCGUCAUCGUCGGAUGAGGAGGGGAGUGAGACGAAGCCCUUCAGGUGCGCGCUAUCGCGCGGCAGGGACUGCAGGACGGCCAUCCUGAACGCGUGCGGGAGCAACAACUGCGUGGCGCUGCGCUGGCUGCUGGGGCAGGGUGCCACGUGGGGCGACGUGAACGCGACAGAUGCCAACGGCAGGACGGGUCUGGCCGUGGCGAGCUGUUGCGGCUUCGCGGGAGUCGUGUCUGUGCUUCUGCAGUGUCCCCUGGUUGACGUGCAAGUUCCUGACAACGAGGGCAACACUGCGCUCAUGCUGGCGGUGCAGGCAGGCGAUGUGGGCAUCACGCGCCAGCUGCUCUGUGUGGAGGCGGUGGUGGCGCGGGGCGCGCUGGAGGUGCCCAACGCGCUGGGCCUCAGCGCGCUCAUGCAGGCCGCGGUGCAGGGCCGCCUGCAGUGCGCCCGCCAACUCGUGCUCGCAGGCGCGGACAUGGAGGUGCGGGACAGCGGCCGCGGGCUGCGGGCCCAGGAGUGGGCCUUGCUGGGUGGACGCGCGGACACGGCGGCCCUGCUGGAGCGUCUGGCGAAGAGGCGCCGGCCCGAGUGGCUCCAGCGCGAUGGGUACCGCCUGGGGUCCCCGUGCCUCGGUGGCGACGACGACCACGCCUCCUCCGCCGGCCAGGGGGCCGCCGGUCGCUUCCUGAGGGCCCUGCGAGCUCUGACGGACGCAUGCUUCCCGGGGGGGCCCCAAGACAACGGCGCGCUCGACCACAUGGUCCGCGCAACCACGGCCGUGUCCGGCCCCUUCGUCGGCACGGCGUGCAAGCCUUGUUUUGGCGAGACCACCCGGGACUCAGGGGCCACCGUCGAGGCGCCUGCAAGCGCCGCGACGACGCGCGGCGGCGACCCCAAAGUCACGGGGCCACGGGCCGGCGCGCCGCCAUACUUGCGGGGUGCCUCGCGUGGCCGUGGGCGUGUCGCGCGGGCCACGGGCUGGUGGAUGCUCACUCGGACCUGGCGGCUCCGAGUCAGAGUCCGCCCCGAGUCACCGCUGCCGAGCAUCCGGCUCAGCAAGGUCGGGAGGAUGACUCCUGCGCCCGAGGAAGGCGCCCGGAGUCCCCGCGGCCUCCAGAGCGCGCAACUCCUGUGCGUCCCCGGCCCCUGAGCGCACCGCUGCGUUCGAGUCUCCGCUUGGACGGGUGGCGGGCACGCUGCCAUCUGCCCCCCUCUUCCCUUUGCUCCCCCACACCUUAUGUCCCCGGAUCCCAGAACCCCCCCCAGUUUUUCAAGCUCUCGCUGGA